AUGGCGGAGCAUUUGUUCUUUCCUGGCGAACCCCCAUGCCCUUAUUUGGUCGAGUACAAGAGCUCGCUAUAUGAUGGAAGUGACUGGGACCAGUUCCCGAUUCGCGCUGGCUGGAGAUUGGAAACAGGAUUUGAAACACACUGGCCUGUCAUAUUAAUGCCGUCGAAAUUCCACUCCCAAAUAGAGUGCUGGCUCUACUUUGGUAUGCUCCACUAUGUGUUUGGGGACCAGCUGGAUCAGUCCGAUUUUCUCCUACGCAGGGAAGGAGACUCUCGUCAGUAUCUAACGACAAAGCAUCUCCAUAAAUAUAUCGGCAACGCCAAGGAAUGGAAGAGGAGGAAACUUGGCGAGCGAGCGGUUUACAUUGUCAAGACAGUCUGCGUUAACCUUAGCGCAUACGCCGAUGUUUGUGUGCGAGAGAAGAUGGUGGUGGCCAUUCGGCUGGUCUGCAAUGUUCUCUGGAAUGUUGCAGUCAAGCGAGACGGUUUUCAGAUGCAGACCGCUAGUGUUCAAAAUUGGCUUUCGGCCAGAGACACUGAGACUAAACAAAUGAUUGCAGCGGGAUGGUGCCCAUUGGAGGCAGAGAAGUGUCGCUGGACCGGUGGUGGACUGGACACCGCGGUGUAUCUGCUUCAGUUAAGGCGUGUCAAGGCCAAUUGGAACAGGGACAAAUCUCAUUUUGGCUGUACGAAGACGGAAUGUGUGGCAAACAACGUCGAUGAGAGCGACUAUGUCACUCGACACGUGCAAGAAAACUGCACCUGUUCGCACCUCCAGGCAAACAUCGAGCAGCUGCAUACAAUUCUCCAGGAUGGAGGGGUACCCCUGCUGAUGAUCACGCCUUGUGGUGAGGAUGAUCUCGGUAACGAGAAGUUCGAGAUUGAGAUUGUGAGAAAGCGCAUCGGCAAGCAAUACCUAGCCAUCUCGCAUGUGUGGUCCGAUGGCUUGGGUAACACAGAGGGCAAUAGUCUCCCACACUGCCAAUUGAAGGCCCUGUAUGAGCAGGCAAAAUCUGUCCUCACGGGCGACGAAUACGUCCCUCGCUAUUCGAAUGGCCCAUUUGGAUCACUACACACUAGUACCGGUCGACUUGCCCAUUUACUGAGCAACCAAGUUCUGCGCAGAGACGAUUCAGUACUUCUGUGGAUUGAUACAUUAUGCAUACCCCAUCAGCCUGAUGUUCGGAGCCUGGCAAUUCAGCGCAUUCGUGAAUUAUACAUAGAUGCUUACCGGACGAUGAUCAUUGAUUCGGAGAUGAAGAACGUGGACGCUAGCUCUGCAACUCACCUAGAGUUUCUGCUGAGGAUAUUGUACUGUUCGGGCUGGAUUCGACGGUUAUGGACGCUUCAAGAAGGACUGGCCGCCAAGAGCCGGCUGUACGUGCUGUUCUCUGACAAGGUAGUUAACAUUUCCACCAUUGCCGACGAGCUCCUGACAAAGCUUGACGGAGGCAAACUCCCACUCAUGCAGGAGAGGAUUACCACGUUCGCCAUUGGUGUUUGGUUCUCGUUCUUUCAACUGACCGUUGAGUCCACAUCCAAAUUCAAUCGUUUCGUCGACUUCGUUGUUGCUCCUAUCUAUGAACGCGACCAUUCCAAAAGUGGUCUAAUCGCGUCGAACUGGUUUAAUGUAGCCACCCGAGCUACCAGCAAGGCAGCCGAUCGCCCAAUCAUUUUAGCGGGUAUCCUCAAUCUCGACUUGAAGGAAAUUCUCUCGGUCAAAGGGUCCGAUGAACGAAUGCGGAAGUUCUACAGCCUAAUUGACGACUUUCCCGCAGACGUGGUGUUCCAGCACGGGCCGCGGUUUGAAGAAGAUGGAAUGCGCUGGGCGCUGAAAGUGUGUCAAUUUACCAACAAGCUCGGUUAUCUCUCGGCCGGAGCCGGAAAGAUUACACCCCGAGGACUUCAUAUCACAUCUUAUCCGUCAUGGCUGUUCCCAUCUGAUAUGGUGUUUGAUCUCGAUCGUGAUGCAUUUUCCAUCAACUCCGACGGUACACCGGCUUGGAAUCAGUGGGCCGAUGACCACAAUAUUGAAAGCGGCAAGAUAAAAGAUGUCUGUCACCUGAAAACUGAAACCCCCUGUAUUUUCGAGUCAAAUGGGACUUAUGGGAUUAUUGUGGCCCGCGACCGAGAAGGUUAUCCAAAGACAUCAAACAAAGAGUGUGCAGUAGUAUCAUUGCGCACGACGGAGGAUGGAGUCCAUUAUGCAGAACACAUUAGCUCGGGGACAUUUAAGUCUGUCACAGGCCAUAAAGACGAACCAUAUGAUGGCUAUAUGGUGGCAGUCAUCUGGGAUGACCGGCAAAAACUUGAUUGGGUUGUUGGUUAA